UUAUGUUCUUUGUAUUUUUGUUCAUGGCCUACACUGGUGGUACCAUCUAUUCUGUUUCAAAAAUUUCAAUGGCUUAGUUUCAUGUCCCAGUACCACUUGAAGUACAACUAAGUACCUUCUGACAGGGCAAUAAUGUAUGUAUUUACCUAUGGUUAUUGUUUCCUAUAAGAAACAUGAUCAUCUCACCUUGGUUUCCCCUGUAUCUGACUUGGGACGGUUUUAUGUGAGAUUUGUUUUGCAUUUUCUGUGUGUGUGGAUGCUUAAGCUUAAGCUUUUGUUAUUUGGUUCAGUUAGAGAUUAAAGAAGACUGAAAUUGAGUCGAUGGUGUAUAUACUUGAUAUAUAUAAAUGGUCAAAAUAAGGAAGUGAUUUUAUGAAAGUUAAAUAUGCAGUUGUCUUCCUGUUUGAAUCUUCAUUGGUGAUUCCAAGUUUGUUGCUUUCCCCAAAAGUGGAGAUUUGUAGUACCGACAGAACUUCAACCUAUUCAGCAUAGAUCUUAAAUUGACCAGACAAUAGUAUAAUAAUUUUUAUUUACGGCCUUAGAAUUGUAUUGCCACAAAAAAAUCAGAUUUGAAAUCGAAAAAAAAGCAGGUUCUUAUGCUCAUAACAAUCCAGGAGAUGAUUCGGUAGCUUAAUGUUUGCUUAAUCUUUUCCAUCCUUAAUUAGUUAAAGGUAUUAAUUUGGUGAUAAUUUAAGAAUCUUCGGGUAGUAGAGAUCAUGUAGGUCAUUUAGCUCCGCCCACCGGCCGCCGGAGAUUAAAGAAGACUGAAAUUGAGUCGAUGGUGUAUAUACUUGAUAUAUAUAAAUGGUCAAAUUAAGGAAGUGCUUUUAUGAAAGUUAAAUAUGCAGUUGUCUUCCUGUUUGAAUCUUCAUUGGUGAUUCCAAGUUUGUUGCUUUCCCCAAAAGUGGAAAUUUGUAGUACCGACAGAACUUCAACCUAUUCAGCAUAGAUCUUAAAUUGACCAGACAAUAGUAUAAUAAUUUUUAUUUACGGCCUUAGAAUUGUAUUGCCACAAAAAAAAUCAGAUUUGAAAUCGCAAAAAAAGCAGGUUCUUAUGCUCAUAACAAUCCAGGAGACGAUUCUGUAGCUUAAUGUUUGCUUAAUCUUUUCCAUCCUUAAUUAGUUAAAGGUAUUAAUUUGGUGAUAAUUUAAGAAACUUCGGGUAGUAGAGAUCUUGUAGGUCAUUUAGCUCCGCCCACCGACCGCCGGCCAGAGGUGAGUUCUUUUAUACCUGUAUAGGAGAGGGGGGGUGCUCAUAUCGGGGCUGCAAAUUGGGAGCCUCUGAUGUUAUCACCAUCCGGUUCCGUUCUUCAGAUACGCAGAAUCGUUCUUGUUCAUUGGUUGCUUGAGGGGAAUGUUAUUUUCUUGGAGAUACAGAGAGAAAUCUCUACUGAAUUAGGUGUUGAAGAUGUUUUCUUGUGUAUGUGUGUGUCAGUGCAAACCCGGAUCAGUUGCUGCUCCAAACCAGACAAUUUGGAGGAUAAACGCGAGUCUCCCAGCGAUGCCAUGGAAGAAGAAAGUAUUCGCUCCAGACGUAGAUGUCUAGCUUGCCUGUGUGCUGUAACAUUAAUCAGUGCAUCGGGCCCAAAGUUUUCUAUCAUUGGAACCUUGAUGAUUUAUCUCAUUUGAACAUAAUCUAACCCCUCUGAUUUUUUUCAGUACAUAAUUGUACACCUUCUAUGCCCCGCUUAAUUGUGUGUUCAUUUUGUUAAUCAAGAAGCAUCUGAUUUUAUGGCUGGGUAUGUUGAAAAUAUAUAAAACCUUUCUUCUUUUGGAUAAUUUGUUUCCCUUUGACCAAUCUUUGUUACUUGCCUACACAUCUGUGCAUAGCGUGGUGCUCCAGCGCGACCGCUUCGUGUGCUGCCUCGAGUCGCAUGGCCACCAUGCCCGCGCCGAGGCGAAGGCCGCUGCCACUCUCAACGCCCUCUGCUGCGCGCUCUCGCCGGCGGCGUUUGCAAAGCCUUGUCGUGGCGCUGCAAGUGUUGCCCCCCUCCUCCCCAAGGGCAAGGUGAAGGAAGGUGCAUGUGUGGUUCUUCAGCAGCUCGCAUCGAGGAUUGCUGUGUCCAACCUGCAGAAGUAUGCCAAGAAGUUCUCGGAGAUGAUUAAGGACAUGUCCCCGCACUACAACGAGAGAUCUGAGCUGUUUGGAAGUUAGUUUAGGUUUUUGUUGUGGAUUCACAGCUUCUCACAUGUAUGAUCCUCUUAGAUCUUUAGAUUUCCAAAGAAACUAAAUGAAGAUAUGGUGGUAUGGUCUCAAUAGUACAACUUAAAGCCUUCCAUGUUUUAUAUUUUUUUUGAAAUUUGCUCUUGAAGAAUUAUGUAUCUAUGUUAGAUCCGGUGAGAAAAGGCGGAUUUCAAGUAGAGGUUGCUGCAGUGUUGGCCACAUUUAGUUUUCGACUUAAGUGUCUAAA